AUGUGCAAUUCGUCAAGCAGCAACGGACACCCGCCUGUCACCGCUGAGAACCAUCGGCCGCGAAUCACGCCACUCGCGAAACGCCGAAUGGCAGUGGGAGACGCCGGGUGGCCUGAUAAUGCACGCCGCGACGCCGAUCAACGGUUUCAGGACAACGAGCAACGUUGCCAAAUCUACGCUCUGAAAUCAAGAAAACGUUUUCCUAAAACUGAAGGAGUAGAUAUCAAGCGCGGAUCCGGGAGGGGGCAAUUGCACCGUUGCUCGGGGGGAACCAAAGCCCUCAAACAGGAUAAAAAUGAGGAAAGGGAACAGAGAGAUGAGGAAAGACCCUGGUCGCUUGGGAUACCAAAUAAAUAUGGACAGCAAACAUUGGUCAUGGAUAAAUGUUGUCACAGCUUGACGGUUUCCGCAUGGUAUGUGGCAACACCGCGCCGAUCACCUUCCGUUCGCGGAUUCACAUUCAGUGACAGGACGGACGACACGACGUCGCCGUCGUUCAAAGUCAACUUUUGA